AUGAACCAGGUGACAAAGUUCGACGGCACCCACGAGGAUCUCAUCCACGAUGUUGCAUUCAACUACUACGGAAACCGACUUGCGACCUGCUCGUCGGAUCAGAAAAUCAAGAUCUGGGACUACAACGAAACGGAUGGCAUUUGGGAAUCAACCAUCUCAUUCAAGGCAAGCAAUACUCAGAACCGCUCCAAGGCCGCCCACUCAUGCGCAGUUUUGAAGACAUCGUGGGCCCAUCCAGAGUAUGGCCAGGUGCUCGCGUCGUGUUCUUUUGAUCGAAGCGUCAUUGUCUGGGAAGAGAGCUAUCACGAUGCGACCAAAAAAUGGACGCCAGUUGCGACUUUGAGAGACGGAAACGGAACUGUCCAGGAUGUUGAAUUCGCACCCAACCACCUGGGUCUUCGCUUGGCCAUUGUUGCUGCAGAUGGAUUGGUCAAGAUCUACGAGGCUAUGGAUGUGACAAGUCUCGCACACUGGACUAUGAUCGACUCGUUUCCUGUAGGGGAGGGCCCCAGCAAGGAUGAGGAAGGAAACCACUGCCUGUCCUGGUGCACAUCAAAAUUCACGGCUCAGAUGAUGGUCGUAGGCUGUGCGAAGGACAAAAUUGCAAAGAUCUUUAGACAGGAUUUGAACAACAAAUGGCAGGCGUGCGAGCUUUUGGACGGACAUAGAGAUGUGGUUCAUGAUGUGAGCUGGGCGCCCAAUAUGGGGAGGAGUUAUCACUUGAUUGCAACAGCAUGCAAAGACGGACAUGUCAGGAUAUUCAAGUUGACGGACGAUCGUGAGGAAGGAGCACUAGUUGGUGGAUGGACCCGUAAGCUGUUCCAUGUGGAGUGUAUUGCCGACUUUGCAGAUCACAAUGCCGAGGUGUGGCGUGUCGAGUGGAAUGUUACUGGAACGAUUUUGUCGUCGUCAGGAGACGAUGGGAAAGUUCGCCUGUGGAAAGCGACAUAUACUAAGGAGUGGAGAUGCAUGAGUGUUGUAUCAGCAGAGGAUGGCCCCAGCGCGUUCCAGAGAUAG